AUGGCCUCAGCCAGUGCGGCGUCGAAGCCGAUCCAGAAGAUCCUGGACUCGACCCGGGUCGCAUCCUUGAAGAAGUUUGUACGACACCCGCCUAUCGAUCCAAAGACGCCCAUCCAGGGAAAGAUUCGAGAGACCUCGUCCAAUGCGUUCAAAGAGCACCUGAAGCGCGAAAGCGUACGAUUGCAAAAGGCGCUCAAUUCAAUCACGCAUGGAAAGCAUAUCUUUGUCUACCACAAUGCCCAGACGAAGCAGGUGGUAUAUUCACUAACUCGUUACUUGGAGGAAAACAACGUCUUGCGGCAAAUGGUCUACCACGGCAAGAAGACGGUUCCCGCCAAGCUACGACGUGAUAUGUGGAUUCCUUACUACUCUGUUCACUUCGGCGACGCUCGCCUUGGUCUUCGCGCGUAUCAAUUGCUGCGGGAAUUCUCCUUGCGACGCCAGCUCUCCCCACCCCCCGAGAUGGUCACAGUGUCCGAGGAAUUCCUUGCAUCCAGACGGCCAAAGGAUCCCACCGAGGCGGAGGAGUUUGAUCGACUGAACAAGAAGCGGAUCGGUCACCCGAUGGAAAAGAAAGAGCGCGCACGAGUUCUGAUGGAUCAGAAGGCAACCUCGGUUGCUGAUGUCGCAGCAGUACUGGAGAUCCAGGAAAAAGAAAUUGCGGACGGUAUUCUCGACAAAGAGCAGUGGCGACACAAGCAAUUCCCCAGCCAGCGAAGGCGCCAACGUGAGGCGAUCGCACAGGAAGCCGAACGAGCGGAAGAGUACAAUGCCCGCAUCGAGGCCUUGGAGAGGCAGCUGAGUGAGCGUGAGGGCGUUGAAGUUAAGAUUGGCGAGAUUGGCGACUACCCUGAGACUGCGGGCGAUGUGAAGAUUCUCUGGCGUGAUGUCCAUGAUGCCAACUAUGCCGCCUCAUGGCCCGCCAAGGUUCAGCAUGGAGAGCUGGAGCUUAAGCGCGACAACAUUAUUGGCGGCGAGCGAGUUGACAUCCUUCCUACCGUGGGAGUCUAA